AUGGAUCUCAAUUCCACUUCGGAGGAAGACGAGGAUGAUAAAUUCGACGAUGACAAAGGAGAUGAUCAUCAUGACGAUGAAACUGAUGAUGAUGAUGAUGAUCUGGGUGGAGAUGGUGUUGGUGCUGGUCAGGAUGAGGCUCACACGGGCGAUGUUCGUAACGAUGAGGGUGUUGUUGUCCCCGCGGUUGUUUCGAGGGAUGAUGAUACCGGCAAGGUGGAUGAUGCCAAGAAUUCUGACCCUGUGGAACCUAUUGCAGAGAUCAAACAGCCUGAACAGUCUCAAGGUGGGGAGGAGAACAUUGAUGUUGAUGCAACAAUUGCAUCUGCUGUUAAAGCUGUGGAGAAUUUGAUUGGUUCCUCAACUCAUGCCCCUGCUCCUGUUGAGACUUCUGAGAAGACUGAUCUUGAAAUGGUUGUUUUUCAAGAGACUCCUAUUUUACGUCCUCAAAAGAGGGAUCGGAAGAAAGGAGCUGUUUUGAAAUCCCCAUUCAUUGAGCUUGCUUCUGGUGCAUCUAAAUCAGGUUCAUCCUCGGUUUCUCCUGAUGAUUCUGUGUAUAAGGUCGUUAAAUAUGUGCGUGGUUUGUGCCCGUUGGACAACAAGAUUGGUGAACCUGUUGAUCCGCAAUUGGAAGCUGAGUUUGUCAAGUGGGUUGAUUCAGGUCUUAGAAAGCAUAAAUCUAACACAACAACUAAUGUGUAUUGUAAGGGUAAGGACACUAUAUUUCCGCCAUUUCGUUUUGGUGUUGAGGACAUCAGCAACAAGAUGUGGUUUCACAACCUUGCCUACCCUAAUUGUUUCCUUACCAAUUCUCACAUUGACAUCAUUUUCUAUUAUCUUCGUAAGAAAAUAAUGUACUCAGCCGAGCCGAAAAUCAAAGUCACCACAACUGAUUGCCUCUUUUGUUCUAGCAUAACAACUUUGUAUGAGAGGUUUGUUGAGAAAAACAACGAUAUAUCGGUGUUGUCUCUUUCUCACAAUGUGGCCCAGUACAUUCAAGGUGGUAAGAUAUUAUGUGCCACUCCUUGGCAUUUGGUUGAUCAUGUUGUUAUGCCUAUCAAUGUAAAAUUACAGGAUCAUUGGAUUUGUGGUCGUCUUAACAUAGUUGACAGGCGCAUAUAUCUGUACAAUUCAUUGCGUUCUGGGAGGUAUAUGACUGCUGCCAAAGAGGCUUGCAAGCCUUUCUCUGUUAUUUUACCAUAUUACUUCUCUAUGUUAGACUUCAAAGGCCUUCGCAACGAAACUAAGUUUAGCACUAUGGAACCGUUCCCUAUUGUUGCUGUUGAUGGUUUACCCGAGCAGGUCACAGCUGAUUGUGGUGUUUUUGUUGCAUCAUUUGCUGAGUAUUUCAUUGAUGGCAAACCCAUCCCAUCCUCUGAUUUUGAUGUGGAAAUUCACCGCGAUCGUUUGGCUGCGUUAUUUUAUCAAUAUGGGAUGAAGAAGCAAACUGAGAACAUUGAAAGUGAAUCCGAGGCCCCUCCCAGCCUUCCCAAGAAGUGAUUUGCUUUUUCAAUCAGACUGUCAUUGUUCUUAUAGUUUUUUAAUGUUUUUCAUGUUGUUUUUCGUAAACAAACAUUGGUGUUCUGUUGUUUUUCCUUACGUUUUGUGUGGACAAUAUGUAAUCUUUUAUUUUUGUAUGUUUUUUCUUAUUAUUUUUAUGUACAAACAAGUUGGUAUGUUAAAGUUGUUUGUUUUUUCA